AUGCGUUACAUUGCUCCGGCACUUCUCGUGGCUGCACCCCUUGUGGCAGCCACUGCUUCCAGCAAGCGUGGUCUCUGCGUUGUGUCCACCAAGACACCACAAGACGACUCCAUCUGGACAAACGACACUGACCUAACAUGGUACUACAACUAUGGCGCUGUUCCCACACAAGACUACGAGAAUAAGCUCAACUUCGUCCCUAUGCUGUGGGGAGCACCCGAGGACCCAGCGAAUGAUAUGAGCUUCUACAACACUGUCAGCAACUUGAUCAAGGAGGGACAAAAUAUCACAUACGUUCUUGGAUUCAACGAGCCCGACGGCUGUACCGAUGGAGGCUCUUGCGUCUCUGCUGCCACCGCUGCUCAAGUCUGGAAGAAGCAGAUGGAGCCUUUGAAGCGUGACUAUGGUGUCAAGCUUGGUGCUCCCGCGGUCACUGGUGCCCCAACCGGAUUCAACUGGCUUGCGAACUGGUUCUCUGAAUGUGCUGCUCUUGUUGCUAGCUCCGGCAGUAAUUCUACCAACGACACUUCUUGCGAGGUUGACUUCAUUCCUGCUCAUUGGUAUGGUAACUUCCAAGGUCUGGCUAGCCACUUGGGUCAAAUCAACGGUACCUACCAGAACAUUAGUGGUAUCUGGGUCACCGAGUUCGCAUGCGCCGAUUGCAGUCUGGAGGACAGCCAGAGCUUUGCCAACCAGAGCUUUGAAUACCUUGACCGCAUCGACUACAUGGACAAGUACUCUUACUUUGGUGCUUUCCGUUCGUCUGUCUCUAACGUCGGUCCUAAUGAAGCUAUGCUGACCGAGAAGGGUAAGCUCACCGAUAUUGGUGCUUGGUACCUCAACAAGGCUGCUACUGGUGCCGUUCCCAAGGGCUCUGCCAGCACUGUUGCCAAAUUUGCUGGCUGGGGUGGUCUUGUUGCUGCUACUGUUUUCUGGACCAUUUUGUAA